AUGGUGCCGCGCAACGAAGACCAGCUGAGGCGGCCGCCACCCAACCCACGCUUACUUUCGAUCCAAUCCAUCGCAUCUAAAUACUCGUUUCGUUCACACUCAUCUUCUUUCGAGGCCGACGAUGAGCGCUCCACCACAACAGAAUCCAUAAUGAGCCCACGAGGCAGCAUCGAUGGUGGUUACCCGUCUGGCCGUUAUCAGGGCGAGGACAGUCGGCACACCAGUGAGAAGGAGCUCGCUGGUUGGUACAUGUAUGCAUUUGCUGCAGAGACCUACGUUAUUUGCGCUUCAUUCAUCCCGAUCCUCCUAGAGAGUCUUGCGCGAGACAAUGGCGUGCUCCUCUCCGACCGAACGACCCCCUGCGGUGACAGCUCCGUGAAGAAGCCCAAGGGCGAAGACGCCCAAUGCAUCGUACAAAUACUAGGGUUGGACAUCAACACGGCGAGCUUCGCCAUGUACACCUUCUCCAUUAGUGUUCUACUUCAAGCCCUGCUGGUCGUGUCCAUAAGCUGUGCGGCCGACCACGGGAAUUACAGAAAGCGGUUGCUUUUGUCAUUUGCGUGGGUCGGCAGUGUCUGCGUCAUGGCAUACAUCUUCAUCAACAAGAAUGUCUACAUCCUCGGCGCUGUUCUGGCCAUCGUCUCCAACACGUGUUUCGGCGCAUCAUUCGUACUACUCAACUCGUUCCUCCCCUUAUUGGUCCGCCAUCAUCCUCGAGUUUUAUAUGCCGAGCCGAUCGCUCCCAAUCUCCAAAAUCCCGAUUUUGAAGAGCCACAAUGGCAGGAGGACUCUCCCAGGGGCCGAGCACACUCACCGACCGGCUCAACUACUGCUCUGCUGCCCCCCGACAACGCUAUCUCCGAACGCAACGAGUUAUCAAGGUCACCCACACAUUCCGAGCUUACGUCAAUAGAACUUCAACUAUCAACUGAGAUCUCAGCCAAGGGUAUCGGUAUAGGGUAUGGGGCGGCUUUAUUUGUGCAGUGCAUCUCUAUUGGAAUUUUAAUCGUCAUGCAAAGCUCAACUUGGGGACAAAGGAUUGUCCUUCUGUUCAUUGGCACCUGGUGGACGAUUUUCACAAUUCCAGCUGCCUUGUGGCUGAGACCGCGGCCCGGGCCUCCGUUACCUAAUAGCGGAGGGAAGGGGACGUGGGCAUGGAUAUCGUAUGUUAUGUACGCCUGGAAGAACCUGUACCGGACGGUCAAGUUGGCACGCCGACUUGUUGAUAUUGUCCUCUUCCUGACAGGGUGGUUCUUGCUCUCCGACGCCAUCGCCACCACGUCGUCAACAGCAAUCCUCUUCGCGAAAACGACUUUAGGGAUGAAACCAUGGGCGCUGGGUAUGAUCAAUGUCAUCUCAACGACCACAGGCGUCAUCGGCGCCUUCGGCUGGUCCUUCGUGUCGAGAUACUUCAAACUUCAACCUCACCAGACAAUUCUGGCAUGCAUAGUGCUGUUUGAACUCAUACCUAUAUAUGGUCUUCUGGGGUAUCUGCCUUUUGUGCAACGAUGGGAAGUCAUAGGGCUGCAGCAACCUUGGGAAAUGUACCCAUUGGCCGCAGUUUACGGCUUGGUGUUGGGCGGCCUCAGCUCGUACUGCCGGUCGUUAUAUGGAGAGCUCAUUCCACCGGGCUCGGAAGCAGCGUUCUACGCCCUGUACGCUAUAACGGACAAGGGCUCGAGUGUCUUCGGACCCGUUAUAGUGGGUGCCAUUAUCGAUGCAUCUGGCGACAUACGACCCGCUUUCUGGUUCCUGGCCGUGCUGGUCGGCCUUCCAGCCUUCUUCAUCUACUUUGUUAACGUCGAGCGGGGCAAGUUCGAAGGGGAGAAGCUGGCCGAGGUCAUUGAAGGCUUUAAAAGCCACGAGGAAUUCGAUUCGCCUGACGACGGGCAGGUCAAUGGUAUGCUUGCUUCUUAUGAUGGCGAUGACAUGGAGGAUGAGAUGGAAAGGUGA